AUGUGCCAUACGAUAGUUCUGAUUAUCUUCGUCGCAAUGAUGGUAGUUACUGAUGCAUACAAAAGCAAGAGAGAUAUUUCUUUUUUCAAUGCGGAUAUCGCAUCUCAUCGCAAACCUCGUCCGCGAAAUUUCUUUGAUAAUCAAUCAUUUAUCAACAAGAUGAUCGAGCAGCAAACUUCACCUAUUAGAGCAGUGAGAGAUCCAAAUAUUAACCAGCAAUCUUUUCACGAUCUGCCCUUGAAAGAUCACAUUAUCUAUCCGUCUGAGUUUCCAAUUCUUCGUCAUCAACCGUUUCAAAAGAAUUCUUUUACGGUAACAUCAUUUAAAGAUAAACCGUUGUUCAGAGAUGCAAUAUUAAAAAAUCAAGAAUUGCGAGGAGAACGAGAGGUUCUCAAAGAUAAUCCUUUCAUUGAACAAUCAUUUACAUCAGAGGAAAUCUUUGAGAGACAAGCACCUACUUAUGAAACACUGUUUGAAGAGCAGUUGUUUACGAAUGAGAAACCAUUUAAAAAUUUACAUUAUGAACAGUUGCCUUCAAGUGAACUAACGUCUCAGAAGCAAACGACUCUUGUCGAUUCUCCUUCCAUCUCCAAUUUGAUCAAGUUUGAUCAAGGUGAAUCUUAUAAUAAACUCAUUGAUUUGUAUGAACGACAUAAGGAUAUACAAACUUCGUCCAAUAAAGCAAGACUUUCGACGUACACUAAAUAUGAUAAUCGUGAAUUGUCGAUGCCAAUGGGUUCGUCUUUCAAACAUCUUUUUCCAUUAAACAUUGAAACAUCUCCGUCACCAUCAACGUCCAUUCCUGGAUCCAACUUUCCCAUAUCUUCUAUUCCUUCAAGUAUUGAUGAAAUUUAUUCGUCAGACGCUGUCAAGAUAAAACUCCGUUCAACGCUAAUGCCGGAAUCGACUACAUCAUUGCCGGGUAGUUGUACUGCGCCAAUCGACAGCUCCUCAACAACCAUUCCAUCAAUCUCAGUUAACACAAACCAAUCUUCGAUUGUAGGUCAUAUCUUAACGAGUUUAAUAACCAAGCCCAGUUCGCCUAUCAUGGAUACGACAACAUCAAUAACGUCGUUCGCCGGAAACACCCUCAGACCAAUUCAGUUUUACGCUACUAAACAUGGAGUUAUUGUGACACCUUCUCUUCCCACUCAAAAUGAGUUAAAGAGCAACAUACAUGCUCACUUGUUCAUAAACAUACCGAAGAACAGUUUCACGGCCAAUGAGCAGGAUCUUAAAUUCCUAGUCCCGGAAACGCUGAAGGAUGACAUGAAAAUUAGUACCCAUAAUCCUAUGUUAAACUACAUUUUGUCUGAAGAGCAGAAGAGCGAGUUGAAGGAUGUUCGGAACUCCUUCACAAACUAUGCGUUGCCCAAGGGAUUUAAAUACGGUUGGCCUUUACAACAAUUCUCACCAAAAACAUCAUUCGCUCUACUAUCUCUGAACGAAAAGACAAAUUUCGUUCUAUCAAACGUAUCUACCAUACCCAUUUCGAUUACUUCUCGGCCGAUUGAGACUAGCAACGAUUUCGCUACAAUGUUACCGCUGAAGUCCACAGUAGCAUCAAACACGGCGACAAAUAAUAAUUUACCAUUAAGCGCAAACUUACCUUUAGACUUUAUGGGAAGCAUACCAAAUAAUCUGACUCCAAAUAUAUUUGAAAGCAUAACUGGUGGCAUAUCAACAGGCAUACCUAGUGCAAUGAUGGCUGACAUGCCUGCGAGCAUACCAACUUUGAAUCUUGGGCAAAGUUUACAUCACAUAGAACAAUUACAAACUCAAGAGGCAAGAAAUCCCUGGUACCCCACAGGUUUGCAGCUGCAGCGGCUAGGCAGCUUUGGCGGAAUAAAUUACACGUUACAUAUGGGUAAUCCGACCACAAAACCGUUGGAGCUUAUGAUCCCGGAUACAGGCUUAACUCUGCCGAAAUUAUCAUAACCGCAUGCAAAAGAAAUAUUCCCGAAAUACUUAGCUUUUCCUCUUUCACUUGGAAACGAUUGACGAGCAA